UUUCUUGUUUUCAGGUCAUCUUCUAAGCAUGGGUUGAGUCACAUUCAGUGAUUCCCUAACUUCACAUGGCUGGGGAGCAACAAUAGAUUUUCCUAAAUCAAUAUGCCCAGAGUGGUCAACUUGAGACUUGAACAUUGACUAGCACCAGCUUACUGAUGGCCACUUUUAAUCCAACAGUGAUAGGGUGGCAGGAAAAUGAAAAUAGAGUGAUGUUGCAAUGUUCAGUUCCAGGUGGUGUGAUGUGGCUGGCGACAAUCGCACCGUAGGUUGAUGUAUGUUGAGAAAAAAGUUGUUAUGUAAGAAAGAAAAGAUGACCUUGCUGCACUGUGACAAUGGAUCUCUGACAUUGUUACAUGUGUAGCAGGUCCAUUACCUCAUGAAAAUUAUCAUCUCCACGCUUCCCUAUAGCGUCAAUCCGUGUUUUCACUUCCUCCCUGGUGUGUUCACUGAAACGCGUGUCUCUGGUGCAUGUUCGGACACUCCUGACUGUUGUGUAACUGCCAGUCAGACGUGAUUUGUUUUACUGAUUGUUGCUAUCGCAUGCUCUUUUGCAACUAUCCCUAUUUGGUCAACAGCACUGGUCCUGUGAUGACAAAAGAGUAUGGCCACAAUCACUGCUGCCUACUAUCGGGAUGGCUGCUGCCAAUAAGAUGGCAAUGGAUCAUCUUUAGCAUGUUUAGUAAAAAAUUGAUAGGGACUAUUGUCCUCUGUUGCAAAAUCAUUUUGUCACUGUCUCGUCCUCAAUUGUUGCCGUCUCCUGGAGAAGUUCUCCAUGUUCUUUCCUAGAGUACUACAUCUAUCCAGUCCAAGAGGGCAACUAACCCAAACGACCAUUGAUUGAAUUUCGCUCACAAAUUAUGUCCUGGGAAACCCUUUUGGUUGUGGUUGGUGGUUGUGAAUGUGGAGACAAACUGUUGUCCUAUUGUAUUGUCGAGUCCAGCUCAUGAAGUGACGAACAUGUAUCUUUAUAUCUUGAUAAUGUAGUCCUUGUGGGAACCAUUUGGAUUGUCCUCUUGAGUGGUUCCCAUGUCUCUAUUAAGGAGUCUGUAAAGACGGUUUGGGUUGUCCCUAUCCGUUUGCAAUGUCUUUAGAAAUGACUUGAUCUCCAUGUAGGCAACAAUGUUUUUGUGGAGAUAAUUUGGGUUGUCCCUGUAAUAAAGAUUUUUAAAAAGCACUCUGUAGAAUGUGCACUUGAGCAACUUGAUUUGCCCUGUAAGUCAAGUGUAACGGGGAGAACCUCUUGGUUGUGGUUGGUGGUUGUGCCCUAUCGUGAUAAAGUGACCUUAUAUCUGGACGAGGAAUGAUGUGACGUGCUGGCAAAGAUAAAUUGGGUUGUCUUCUUGAUUGCUGCGUCUGGAUGACCUGUCAUUAUAUCUAUGAGGAGACAUAUUUGAGUUGUGCCUAUCACCUGUCCCUUGUCUUGAUGAGCCUGCUGAGGUGACGUUAUAUUUCUCUGCUCAGUGUCAGAGAUAAUGAUGUCUGAUGAAUAAUGUGUGGGCAAUUUGGGUCGACCAUCUUGCUUGUCUUGAUCAUGUUAAAUGACCAGUGUGGCAUGUCGUUCAAACCAGUGGACUGAUGGGUGGGCUGGUUCGGGGCAUUUCCUUUGUCUUGCCAUUGGGGCUUGGCGGGGCUUAUUUUGAAACAGAGUAUAAAUUUUCAGUAUCGCCAUCUACCGAGAAAGUAUGAUACCAAGUAUACUCUCUACUCUUUCAAGUAACUUUCAUCCUUUAUCAUUGAGUUUCAUUGCACUUAACUUCAUUUUGGUUCAUUUGGUUAUUAAUAGAGAUUGCAAAGAUAGAAAAAAUAAGAUGAUAAGAAAAUUAUUACGUUGAAAAUGUGCUAAUUAAUUGACGUAAUCGGCUUGGUGCAGAUUGCCGGCCAUAUUGAGUUUUAUCUUGAACGUGUGGUCUUCGGAACUUGGUCCAAAUUCAUUAUCAAAUUUACCCCUUCUCACUAAAAUGGCAUAUAAUUCUUAUGGUCGAGACUCUUACCGAGGCGGUAGAGACUCAUAUGGUGGUGGCCGUGAUUCCUACGGGGGCCGUGAUUCCUACGGAGGAGGCGGCCGAAGUUACGGCGGUGGUGGCCGUGAUUACGGAGGCGGCAGUAGUAGCAGUUCCUCGGUGAAUCGCAAUAAACUUUACGUUGGCAACUUGCCGGGAAAUAUUCGUUCCAAAGAAGUCGACGACCUCUUCCGUAAAUUCGGCAAUGUUCUAGAUGUUGAGCUGAAGACUGGAACAAAUGGAAGAGGUCAUGAUAUUGGCCCUCCCUUUGCCUUCGUUGAAUUUGAAGAUCCAAGAGAUGCUAAGGAUGCCAUGGACGCAUUAGAUGGUCGUUCUUAUGACAAGUGCCGUCUCAAAGUAGAAUACCCUCGUGGUGGGCGUGGUGGAUUCCGUGGAGGAUUUGGAGGACGUGGUGGCGGUUUCGGGGGCGGUCGUGGUGGACGAGGCUCUGGCCGCAGGUCUGAACAUAGUGUCAAGGUUUCAGGUCUGCCUCCCACUGGCAGCUGGCAGGACUUAAAGGACCAUAUGCGGGAAGCUGGUGAUGUUCUAUACACAGAUGUCUAUAAAGAUGGCACUGGUUAUGUGGAAUUUGCAAGGGGAGAUGAUGCAAAAUAUGCACUAAAAAAUUUGAAUGACAGCAAAUUCAGAUCCCAUGAGGGCGAAGUGGCUUACAUAACUAUUGCCGAUGGUGGUGACCAGCACGGUGGCCGCGGUGGUGCGCGAGGCAGGAGUAGGAGUUUCUCACCGGCUCCAUACAAACGAUCACGUCGGUCACCCUCUUACUCGCCAGCAAGAAGGGGUUCAAGAUCACGCUCCCGCAGUCCAUUUUCCUCAUAGAUUGGAAGUAUCAUCAAAAUUUCAGUGAAUGACUUUACUAUUGAAUGAGUUGGACAGAGUCUGAAGAGAAUUGAGUUUGAUCUUGUGGUCUGCGCUGGGGCCUGGGUACUGGCUGGUCAUGAACAUUGUGUUGGCUUUGUGCCCAAGCAUCCAUUUCCUGCUGCGGCAACUCUUUUAGCUAAUAAACUAUAAAUGGUAACCCUCGAUCAAAUGAUGAAUAUUGUAUCUGAUAAACAAAGCACCAAAGGUCAUGUUUGAUGGAUUGAUGGAGGGUACAGUGUUAAAUAGGUGUUGCACUGUCAAAAGAGCCUCAGCUCAUGGAAUUUUAAAAAACCAAUUUUAUCCUGAAAUAUUGGAACGCCAUGUUACUUGGAAAAGCUCUCUUGCACUCAUUUUUAUCUUUAAAACUUGUUUCACACUUAUUGCUUUGUUCUGGUUUUUCUGAGGGUUUGCAGUGUUUAAAUGUCUUCAAGCUCAUUAAGGGUUGAUAGAUUUCUGGAACAUGUAGGGGUUACAAAAUUUCAGAAGACCGCUUGAUUCUGGAGGCAGCUAUUUCACUAAUGUUACCGUUUUAUUGCAAAAGAUAACACGAAAGAAGGAACCUGCCAAAGGUGGGGGUCGUUGUUGUCAUUAUAACUACUGUGUAAAGUGGCUGAUAGGAUAAUUGUUAUCCCCCAGGAAAUGAAAUGCCUUCUUUCUUCAUUUGGUUUAUUUAUCAAGUCAAGUAACUUGAAAUCAUGCCACAAAUUAACUUCAAAGUACACCUCCAGUCUUUUAGCCUCUUUGAGAGCUGGGUUCUUCAUUGACCCUCAAAGAAAUAAUUAUAGAGAAUGGAAGGAAUUGGCCAUCAUUCCUGUGCCACGACUGUGUGAGUAAAUAUGUUUAUCUAAAGUGUUGUCAUUGUCAAGUAGGGAUGAAUUGCGAUGUCUGUUUCACACAUAGUUACAUAAGUGUUAAUGUUGGUCGUGCAGUUUUUUUCCUCCAAUGUUUUUAUCGGUCUGGUCAGAUCAAAUGCUGCAAUUAUGUUCAGCCCUCGAUGGUGGCACCACUGUUUUCUUACUCCUGUUCUUGGAAUUCCACUAGUCAGUGACCAUCUGAUGUUACCUGCAGUGUAGGUGGUCAAUAGAAAAUCUAUCUGGGGUUAAGUUAAACUUUACAUGGUCGUCAAAAUACUCAUUUAAAAGUACACAAAUGUGGCAAUUUCACAAAACUGCAAUAUAAAAAUGCAACCUUUUAUUCCACGGUUAUAUAUUUUCACGAUAUCUGUUAACACAAAAAUAAAAGCCACUUGAAUAUUUCCGGGUUUACUGCAUUGGUAGCACAUGCCAAAAUAUCAGGUCACACUCAAUUUCUAUGAAUCUAUGAAGACAAUGAUUUUUCGGUUGCACAGACAGAUUUGAGGAUGCAUGAGCUACCAAAUGGGUUAUAACUUUGAUUCCAUCUAUGCUGAACAGGAAUUCUAUUGGGGUUCGAAAUUCUAGGACGCCCAGAACUGUAGUGCCUCGUCCUGGGAAACAUUCAUGCUUAAUGGGUAUGAACAACUUGAUUAGGUUGGAGAUAUUGAUCUCUCCUUUCUAUAGCAACAAUUUCAGUAACACAAUUACAAUAAAGUGACAUUUCUUAUA